AUGGAACAAACAAUUAAGAUUUUGUUAUUUAUUAAAAUUACUACUUUUAUACUUUUAUGUUGGAUAUGUCAUUUUUACAGUAAAGUGGGUACUCUUAUGAAAUCUUUAGACGAAAAAGAAAAUUAUCGUAGAAAUAUACAUGCAAGAACUUAUCGUUUACUAGAAACAUACGGAAAGGAUAUUAAUUCAAGUUCUUUAUAUUUAAAGGAAGGUUUGCCAAUUAAUGGAAUUCACAAAAAAAUAGAUACAACUUAUAAUGAGAAAUAUGACUCAGAAAAAAGGAAACAAUCAAAUGUAUGUCCAUCAAGAUUUGCAGGAGGUCAUCAACCAGGUGUGAAAAAUAAAUCUUGUGUAUUUGAAACAAAAAAAUAUUCCCAUUUAGAAAAAAAAAUAUUUAAGGAACUUGAUUAUACAGAUUUUCUUAAAAAUAACAAGACAAUUAGUAAUAAGAUUUACAAAAAAAUAAUACAUAAAAAGUACGGACUACGAAUUGUGUUACCUGUAUUAAUAUUCUUCUUUUUAUUAAUAAUAUUUAUGGUAGAAGUAUCACUAGGAUUUGCAGGAGCAGGUGGUUUAUUGUAUCAAUUAAAUAUGACCAAGGAAAAUUUAGAAACUUUGACCAAAAACUCUUCAUGGUCACCGAUUUUAGAAGCGUUGAAAAAGUUAGGUAACUUUUUUAGACACCGUAAAUUUGAAGCGGUCGAAAAACUUAAAUGUGUUAUAUGUGAUGGAGCAUCAACCGUUACUGAUGCAUGCAUAUUAGGACAAUUUUUUCGUUUUCUAAUAUAUUUCGUACCUUUCAUUAUAUUAAGUAUUACUCUAAUAUCAGGAAUUAUUUAUUACCAUAAAAAAGUUAAAAAAUACGAAAAAAUUAAAUUCAGGAAAAGGUAA